AUGGCCGUCGACGGCGACCUCGCCGCCUUCCGCAGGCAAGUCGCCCUCGCCUCCGACCUGGACUUCGCGUUCCAACUCCAGCCCUCAGAGGCCAUCGAAGCCUCGCUCCGCGUCCGUACUACUCCGAAUCGACCCUCUCCCAGCGCCGCCGCCACCGCCUAUCAACCCGCCCCCGCGCACUGGUCCUCCGAAGCAGCAUUCGCCGCACUCGCGCGCCAGGAGAAGAACCGCCGCGAGGCCCAGGCCUUCCGCGCCGCCCACGCCCAGGCAAACACCUCCGCUCGCGUGGCCUCCCGUGGCGCCCUCUUGGCGCGCGAGCUCGCCGACACCACUCCAGACGGCCGAUGGGCCCACGGCGGGGACCUCUUUGAGCGACCACAUGACCUAAAUCGCCCCCCUCUCUUCCGCGUCUUCUACAAGGGUUUGUCGAGCAAGGAGGGCAUGGAGUCGUGGUCCUCGGUGCUCGCUGUGGCCGUGUACGAUCCCCGGGGGAAGGUGGUGGGCACCAUACAGAAGCCCGUCGAAGGGUUUGCUGGCGGACGCAUGGAGCUCGAGGUGUUAGCGCUCAAGGAAGGCAUCAUCGCUGCGCUCAAGCUGGGGAUCAGAAGCAUCAACAUUGUCUCCGACUUCAAGCCGCUCCACAACUAUAUGCUCGGAACUUGGCGUCCCACAAAGAACAAGAGUGAAGAUAUGGUAAAUGAGGCUCUGUCACUAAUGAGGAAAUUCGAGCAAUGUGAAUUCUCACUUGUCCCACGAGGCCAAGCUGGUUAUGCAACAAAAUUAGCAACAGAUUUGAUAACCAACAAGAGCGAGAGCUGCACCAUCUGCUUGGGAAACACUGAUGUCUCUAAGAUUCACGCAGUUGAAGGUUGUGGGCAUCGGUUUUGCUUCUCCUGCAUGAAAGAGCAUGUGAAAGUUAAGCUCCUUAAUGGAAUGCUCCCUGCUUGUCCACAGGAUGGCUGCACUACCAAGUUAACUGUGAAGGGUUCAAAGAUAUUUCUGUCGCCCCAACUGUUGGAGAUCAUGGUGCAACGUAUCAGGGAAGGACAAAUCCCUGCUGCUCAGAAGAUUUAUUGCCCAUAUUCCAGGUGCUCAGCCUUAAUGUCCUUGAGCGAAGUGAUACACCCAUUGCAAGAAUCUUCCUCAAUGUACACUGUCGUUGGAGCUGCCACAUUGAGAAAGUGUGUCAAAUGCAGAGGCUCGUUCUGCAUCAGCUGCAAGGUUCCAUGGCAUGAUAGGAUAAGUUGCUACGACUACAAGAGAAGGUACCCUCAUGCUCAUCCAGAAGACACUAAGCUACAGAAGCUUGCACGAAAGCGGUUGUGGCGCCAGUGUGUCCAAUGCAACCACAUGAUUGAACUUGCAGAGGGUUGCUACCAUAUGACUUGUGUGUGCAGCUGCCAGUUUUGCUACACCUGUGGGAAAGAAUGGAAGAACAAUAAGGCGAGUUGCUCCUGCCGUCAGCACCAACGAGGAUUGAUGAGACAUCCUAUUGCCGAAAGUGCGCUGGUGCACCAAAUCUCCUCUGCAUCCUAUUAUGCUAUCUUUGUGCGGCCGGUGGUCGCCGCCGAGGUUGCGCGCCUGCUCUACGACACGUUCGACCUACAAGCCAACGACUUCUCCGUCCACCUCCACCAACCCGAAGACUUCCUCAUCAUCUUCGGGUCGCAGCACAACCGCAACAGGAUCUCCAGCGACCACUUCCUCAGCUGCACCGACUUCUCGCUCAACCUACGCCAAUAG